AUGAUGGCACCACCUACUACGACGACUACGAUGAAUAGCAACAAUUACUCUCUGGACGAUCAAUUCAACAAUGCCAGCCGCCAAAUGCAGCGAAUGCAGCUUCAUGAUAUAUCUGAAAAUAACGAGGUGUAUCAACCACACUAUCAUCAGCAGCAACAACGCAGUAAUCCCAAAGACAGCUUGAUGAGCCUAACACAUCGUGUAUCAAAUGAGGAACUGAAACAAGCCAUUUGCAUUGAGAUCAAAAGAUUGGUAUCUGACUAUGAUCGCCUCAUUUCUGUACUCCAACAGAGAUCCGAAAUUCUGGAGCAAGAAUACGAAAAUUUACAGCUAACAGAAGAUAGCUACCAACGCCGAUAUGAAAAGGCUGUCAGAGAGAUGCAGUUCUUCAAGAAAAAGUACGACAAAGCAGCAGAAUUAAAUAAGCAAUAUGCCUCCAUCAACGGCACACGACCUCGCAGCCCGUCCAUGGAUUCCAGCUCAUCUUCACUGCACAACAGCAAUAAUCCAGCUUAUACUAACAAUAUGAGUCCACCUCCUUCAUCUGUCUCGGGUUCUGAAGGAGCAAUGUAUCAUACCAUGCCUCCUCCUCCUCUUCCUAAUUCUCCAUUGCCAAUGGAAAACAAAAAUAGUAGACACCUCUCUCGAUCUUCCUCAUCAUCCACUACUUCAUCCAACAAUUCAGGUACACCGUAUUGGACUGCUUACACAUCAGAAUUAUCGCCUGCUCCUCCUGUACCUAGACUUCGCCAAAAUUCAAACGCUGCUCCUGCUAGUAUACAUUCUGCCAGCACAGAUGGCGAUUCCAAUAGCAGUAAAUACAUGUCAAGCAGAAAAGGCUCAUGGCAACACAUGCAACAACCUAGCAUCUCAUCAUCCAAUGCAAGUCAGGCACCUGCAAAUGCUAACAUACUCAAUGCGCCCACAACACCUUCAUCUGCUACUGCUACAGGUGGUGGUAUUGGCCCACAGCCUGGUAUUACUCGAUCUACGACAAAUGCCAGCCAAGCAGGUUAUGUGAAUAAUUCAGUUGUCCAACAACGCAAGGUUGACCCUAUCGCUUUCGGAGGUUCUGAUGCUCUGUGGGAAACCAUUGCUAAAAGCAAAACCCCUGAUUCCACAAUUGAAAAGAUGAUUAGUAACUUCUUGCGACGUGGUGGCUCUCCCAACACAGCAAAGCAAUCGUCUAGUCAUAAGGCAGUGAAGUAUGGCUAUGGUAUGAUCCACACAUUGAUUGUAAUGAAGGCGUCGACCUCACUUGAUUUACUUUUGCAACACGGUGCAAACCCCAAUGCCAUGACACUAAGUCAAGUUGAAGAUGAUAAAGUAACACCCGCCUAUCUGGCCGCAAGUUUGGGCUGGCUCCCAGGACUUCAGGCUUUGGUAGAAGCAGGCGCUGAUCUCUGCAACGCAAGAGGUGCUGGUUUGAAAAACAAAACUGCCUUGCAAGUGGCAGCUGAACAUUGUCAUACACCCGUUGUUGAGUAUAUUGUAUCACUGACACCACCAAAGUAUCAUUCACAAGUGGAUAGUAUGGGUGCAAGUGCUCUUCAUUAUGCUUCAGCGUCAGGUCACACUGAUCUUGUUUCCUUUUUGAUUCAAGCAUGUCAAUUGCCGGUGGAUCAAGUCGACAUACGCGGUGAAGUGCCUUUGCACUGGGCGUCUCGUCAUGGUCAUCUUGAAGUCGCCUCUUUGCUCAUUGAAAGAUGUGGGUGCGAUUUCAACAGUUAUGUUCCCCGCAAAUCAGGCACACCCUACGAUUUAGCCAAAGCAGGCGGCCAUAAGCGUUUAAUAGAGUACUACAAAAAAAUUGGCGCAUUAACUGCCAAGAAGAUGGACAAAAAAAGAGAGGAGGAGGCAGAAAGGAAUGUACCUGUGCAUUUAGAGUCUGCGUUGUCCAAGAAUGGUCUAUUUGGUUUCUAA